AUGUGGGGUAAUGUGCAUUCCUUACAGGUAGUUUUCUUGCUGGUUGAUGCUCUUCGUUACGAUUUCUUAGUGCCACUGGAAGAGAAUGCUCCGAAGUCAUUUUUCCGCGGUCAGAUGCCAGGUGUGGCAAAACUUAUAGAACGUGGAGCUGAGAUAGGCCUUCUGCUUGCUGAUCCACCGACGACAACUCUUCAGAGAAUAAAGGCUCUUUCUACAGGAACGCUCCCUACAUUCAUAGACGCCGGUGACAACUUCGCUCCUAGUUCUAACAUCAAUGAAGAUAACAUAUUCUUUCAAGCGCGGAGCAGAAAUCUCAACGUGACCUUCAUGGGAGAUAAUACAUGGUGA